AUGAUAUUGUCAGACCUCAACACUCCUUUUGACAACUCUGAACAAACACCAGAGUCCACAUAUGACUGGCAUCUUGACAGAGCCAAUUAUUCAGAACAACAAAUCCAAGAAAUGCCAACAUGGAUAAAAACAAACAAAGAGGAAUACACUAUUGAUGAGCAAUAUGAUGUUGUUGACAUCAACAGUUUUAGUGAAAUGCAAAAACUUGCUUAUGAUAUUGUUAAGUCUCAUUUUCAUGAUACAUCAUCUGAAAACGAGCCAUUAUGUCUCAUUAUAAAUGGUGUUGCAGGAACUGGUAAAAGUUACCUUAUUAAUGCCAUUAGAAAUCUUUUGCAAAGUAAAUGUGCUGUUACUGCUACCACAGGUAAAGCAGCUUAUAACAUUAGAGGUGUAACUGUGCAUUCUCUAUUAAAGUUGCCUAUAGGAUCAAGAGGUAAUAAAGACCUGACAGGACAAAGCUUGUGUAGGUUACAAGAGAGUGUUAAUAACAUUGAAUACAUCAUUAUUGAUGAAUACUCCAUGCUUGGCCAAGUUACUUUUGGUUGGAUAGACAAGCGUUGCAAACAAGCAACUGGUUCUAAUGACAAAGUAUUUGGAGGAAAAUCGUUAAUUUUAACUGGUGAUCCAGGUCAAUUGCCACCAGUAGCAGAUAAACCUCUUUACCAUGCUAAACCAUCAAACGCUGUUGGUGAACAAGGUCAUCAAGCAUAUCAUAUGUUUGACAAAGUUGUUAAACUCACUGUAAAUCAACGUGUGCAAGGUAUGACAUCUGAGCAAGUACAGUUCAGAGAUUUGUUAUUACGACUUCGCAAAGGUGAUUCAACAGUUGAUGACUGGAAAUUACUUCUGACACGUCAACCAUCGAAUGUCACUAAUCUAUGUGACUUUGAAGAUUCUACUAGACUUUUUUAUAGUAAUGAACAAGUUGCUAAUUACAACCAUGAGCAGCUAACAAAACUUGAGCAUCCAAUUGCUCACAUUAAUGCACGCCAUUCAUCAGCAUUUGCCAAAAAGAUAUCCUCAGAUGAUAUGUCUGGGUUAGAACCUGUUGUGUUUCUGGCAAAAUGUGCUAGGGUCAUGUUAACCAUGAAUUUGUGGUCAAGUGUUGGUCUCUGUAAUGGGGCUACUGGGACAGUUGUUGAUAUUAUCUAUCAGAACAACCAUCAACCACCUGACUUACCUAUUGCAGUAAUAGUAGAAUUUGAAAACUAUAGAGGACCUGUUUUUAAUGAAAACCAACCAUUGUGUAUCCCAAUAUAUCCAAUUACUGUCACAUCACAGACAGAAAUAGGUUUCCAUGAGAGGCAACAGUUACCUCUUAGGCUUGCUUGGGCUAUAACAAUACACAAGAGCCAAGGACUUACGCUUCCAAAAGCAUGGAUAGAUAUUGGCAAAUCUGAAAGAACUGCUGGAGUUUCCUAUGUUGCUAUUGGUAGAGUAAAAUCACUUGCAUCUUGUGUCAUUGAACCUAUGACGUAUGAACGAUUAACAAGCUUGAAAUCAUCAGCUAACUUACAAUAUAGGCUUGAAGAAGAAAACAGGCUAGAUCAGUUAGCACAGGCUACUAGCAGUGCAUUUAGAACAACAAACUAUUGA